AUGGUGCCCUGGGCAACGCUGCUCCUAUUGGGGCUGUUGUUCUGCUGCUGUUUGGGCCACAGCAGCCAGACGGGAGCGCCCCGGGUCUACCUCACCUACAAAGAAUUGUUAGAGAGCCGCACUGCUCGUCCUUUCAGCUUCAACUUUAACACAAGCGAUUAUCGCAUCUUGUUGGUGGACCAAGACCAGGAACGUCUCUACUUGGGGGCACGAGAUUUUCUGGUGGCCUUGGAUCUUCACAACAUCAACAAGGAGCCACUCAUUAUCCAUUGGCCAGCAUUGCCAAAUCAGGAGAAUGAGUGUCGCUUGGCAGGAAAAGGGCAGAGAGGCGAAUGUUUCAACUACAUACGGCUUAUGGAACCCUUGAACCGUACUCAUCUCUACGCCUGUGGAACAGGAGCUUAUCACCCAGUCUGCAUCCUUAUCAAUCGUGGUUGGCGCUCUGAAGAAUACCUGUUCCGCACAGUGCCUCAUUCACUGGAACCAGGCAAGGGGAAAUGUCCUUACGACCCCCGGCAGUCCAGCAUGGCUGUGCUUGUCAAUAGCACACUGUAUGCUGGAGUUCAUGUGGAUUUCAUGGGCACCGAUGCUGCUUUGUUCCGGACCAUGGGACCGCGCCCAGCUGUACGUACAGAGCAACACGAUUCCCGAUGGCUCUAUGACCCUGUUUUCCUCCAAGCCCACGUCAUUCCCGACAGCUCCGACCACAGCGAUGACAAGCUCUACUUCUUUUUCCGGGAAAAAGCACUGGAGGGUGCCGUGGGGCCUGCCGUACUCGCUCGGGUGGGACGGGUGUGCCUGAACGACGAUGGGGGACUGCGUUCCCUGUUGAACAAGUGGACGACGUUCCUUAAAGCUCGUCUCGUGUGCUCCGUGAUUGGAGAGGAUGGCGUGGAGACUUUCUUUGAUGAGCUGCGUGACGUCUUCCUUUUGCCGACUCAGGAUGAGAAGCAUCCCUUGCUCUAUGGGGUCUUCUCCACCCUGGGGUCAGUGUUCCGUGGCUCGGCAGUCUGUGUUUACUCCAUGGCUGACAUCCGCACGGUCUUCAAUGGGCCCUUUGCCCACAAGGAAGGACACAACUACCAGUGGGGGCCAUAUACAGGACGUGUGCCUUACCCUCGUCCUGGAGCCUGCCCGGGAGGAACCUUCACCCCAGGCCUUCGCUCCACACGUGAGUUUUCUGAUGAGCUGGUAACCUUUGUGCGGGCCCAUCCCUUGAUGUUCCAUGCAGUCUACCCCCUCCAGCGCCGUCCCCUCCUGGUGAGGACCAAUGUCCCCUACAGCUUCACCACCUUGGCUGUGGAUCUUGUGGAUGCGGUGGAUGGGCGCUACGAGGUGCUCUUCCUUGGCACAGACCAAGGUACAGUGCAGAAGGUGAUUGUGUUGCCCAAGGAACAAGGGAUACUGGAAGAACUGACUCUGGAGGAAGUUGAGGUGUUCAGGGUACCAGCUCCAGUGAAGACACUGUGGAUAUCCUCAAAGCGACAACAGCUCUAUGUCUCCUCUGACAUGGGCGUUUCCCAGCUGAGCCUCCACCGAUGCCGGGAGUAUGGUGAAGCCUGUGCUGAUUGCUGUCUGGCCCGGGAUCCCUACUGUGCAUGGGAUGGACAACGUUGUGCCCGCUACAGCCACACAGCCAAAAGGAGGAGCCGUCGCCAGGAUAUCAAGCAUGGCGAUCCCCUCAGGCAGUGCCGUGGUUUUAACGCGAAGGCAGAACAGCAAUUAAGUGAACAGAUUCAAUACGGACUAGAAGGAGGAAGCGUAUUUCUGGAGUGUGAACCCCGAUCUCCCCACGCGACCAUCAAGUGGCUUAUGCAGACAGACGACUCUACCAAACGCAAAGUGCUGCCCCGGGAUCGCAUACUGCUUCAGACACCUCAGGGUGUGCUUUUAGGCCCAGUGAUGCCAUCUGACAGUGGGCUCUACCAAUGCAUAGGCACCGAGAACCGCUUUCGCCACACACUGCGGCGGCUUCGUCUGCAUGUCCUUCCGCGUGCUUUGCUGGAGGGGGCCAUCAGCUCUGAAGAGACACCCACCCUGGGUAUUUGCGAGAGCUACUGGCAACAGUUCAACAGAGCCCAAGACAUCCAGCACAGCCAGGGUGGCCACCAGUCCCAUGCGGGACCCAGCUUGUGGGGUUCUGAACAGCAAUCCAACUGGUACAGAGCUACUCAGCAGCCCUCACUGAACUGGACCACCAGCAGUCCCCAUCACUCCCAAAGCAGCAGCAGCAGCAGCAGCGGCCGCCGUCGCCAUCAUCACCAUCACCGCUCCAAGCCGUGGGCAGGGCAUCGAACGCCACCUCGAAGCUGAGCUGGACGGAAGACAGUGGUGGGCAGGGAGAGGCUUUGACCUAAUCUUUGGCGUGAGAGAAUGACAUUCCAGUGGACUCUUUGUAAGAGCUGAGUGAAUCCAGAGAUGGGGAAAAUCCUCUUUGCUUCCUCCAGAUGGCGGGGACAACACUAUUGCUAACAAAGGGUGUGGUGUGGUGUGUCCAGGCUAAUUCCAGGGUUUUCAGGACCAGGGCUUACUGGCUCUUUCCUGAAAUGGAAAGGUGACCAGUGCUAAUUGCAAAGGCUUUGGCUUUAGGAUU